CAAUACCCUUAACCAUUUCAUUCAAUUUCGAGAUGGAUGAAUAUCAUUUGAGGACAGUGAUCCAACUAGCCUUCAAAUUUUAUCUUGAUAACUUUUUGAUUUCUUUAUGUUGUUACUGUAAUUUUUUUUGUUAUUCAUUUUGUUACUCCAGACCUCUUUGUUUUCCACGGUUCCACAGAAUGGUGACGCCAGCCAUCUCAUGGUCGCGGGCGCUUGUUCAGAUAUCUCCGUACACUUUCGCCGUCGUCGGAAUCGCCGUAGCAAUUCGGGUUUCUACCCUUGGCACCGCCCGAACUCGGAAGAGUGAUUGGCUGGGUUACUUUCAUGAAGACGCUGAAGUCUAUAAACUGAUGAUUUGGAGUUGGGAAGUUCUUGGGCCAUUGGUACUGGUCCGUGGGGUGGAGGAAACUGGUCCUUGUUACAGCACAGACCGAGUGGGCGAGGGGGAUGUGGGAGAAGAGAAGGUCUAUUUUCAAAAAGUUGGAUAUUGAAUCAGCGAGAAGGGCGAAUGUUUUGAGAGCAUAAGAUUUAGUAGACUUGAGAUAUACAAUGAAUUUGGAGUAAUCUUGAGAAUAGAGCCUAGUUGGAUACAAUAGACGAAGUUGAAAUGGGCUGAGGAUCGUAACUGUAAGUUGUUUCUUUUAGUAAAAAUCGGAAGAAUUUUACCAUGGAGUUGGAACUUAAUUGAGGGAGUACCCUUUUAAUUGAGCAUGUAUUCGCAAGAUUGCAGUGCAUGCUUGAGCUAUCUACAGAAGCAAUUGCUAAAAUUAUUUGGAGGUCAUUUAUUUGCAUGAAAUCUAACUUACUCUAAAGUUCCUAGUCACGCUUGCUUGAUGAGAAGUUUAAAAUUUUUUAUUUUUCCAUGUCCCAGCAAAGUGUCAGGUGUCCCUCUAAAUGCACCUUUCUUUGUAAAGGUUGGGAACAACACUCAUAUUGAAACACUUCUGCCGACGAUCUGCUACGUUAAAUGAUUAUAUCGACAAUUAGUUUGAUGGAGACUGGAAUUUAUACUUAGCUGCCUAGUUGAUUGCUGAGCUAGCUAGUAGGUCCCAAGCAAAGUCUGUUGUGCUUUUGAUAAUGCGAAGUGAAAUCAAAACUUUUAAAAGUUUUACCAUUUGCUGCAUAAAUCCACUUUUGAUGGUUGUCGAUUUAUUAUUUCCAACAACCCCUCCUUUCCUUUUCACAUAUACUACUGUACUUGUAAACUUGCUAAAUAGCAUCUGAGUUGGCAUGUAGUGGUUCAAUAUUUAUUAUAUUGCAAUAAACAAAGUUUGAAGUCACUGUUUUGCAAUAUCAUCCCAUGAUUGAUGAUUAUUGCUUAUUCAUGUGUAGAUCAUGAAAUUCAUGGUUCACACAACUUAUUAUGUAGUAGCGUUGGAGAUGGGAUAGUUGUUGAUAUGCUUUACGACUUAUUGAGUUGCUAGAAACUCUUACGAACACCAUUCUUCUCUCGUUGUGAUUUUUUGUGAGGUAGUUGCUAUACAUGGAGUUAUUGUAGCCAUCAUUCUACAAAUAAAGUUAGAGAGUCUUCAUCCAAGAUGUAUGCUUAGAGUAGACUACGCAAUCUUUGCUUAUGGAGUAAUUGUGGACUUCGUAAAUCUCGUCUGUGGGCAAGUAUUAGUUUUCAGCUCUCUAUCAUAUUGUUAAAAAAGUUCCCUAUUCACACUGAGAGAUUCGACUCUGAUUUUUCUUUUUUCCCUCUUCCAACAUGUUUCAUGAGUGAAGGCUCUGUGUUGGAAUAAUCGGAAGUAGCUGCGCUUUAUCUAAUGAACAAAACUCGUCACUUUUCGUUAAGAUCCUUGUUAUUGAGAUGAUUGGCAGUGCUCUGGGAUUAUUUGGUGUUAAAGUAGGCAUUAUCAUGUCAGCUCAAGCAACAUGUCCGUCUAAGGCAGCAUGACUCGUAGUCUUGAAUAUGUUAUUGGUUCCACGUGUUUGUAAAUUCUUUUUCAAUUUAUUUUUCCUCCUCGUAUUUUAGUUUUCGUAUUGAUGUUCUACAUAUUGUCAAAAUUGGUCAAUAUUAGCUGAAGAAAAUACAAAAACAGUGGUUAUUUAUGUAAUUUAAUUCAACUAAUAAAUUGCAAAUUCAUUCA